GUAAAUUAUCUAGACCACCUAAAUACUUUUUAAAAACUUGGUUGAACAUACCUAUGUUAAUUUUUGUUGUAUUUAACCUUCCUCCAUAUGGCUUUACGUUAAACCAUAUUUAUGGAACGCAAGAGAACGAUUAUGUAAAUUGGCAAGACUACAGCAAAAAUAUGAUAUGCGUUGAACACAAGUCCAGAAUACCUGACUUUAUUAUUCUUCAGAUGGCGAUGCCCGUUCUCCUUUUGACGUUUAUAAUUUAUCCUCUGCCACAAAGAGCGUAUUCAGGAGCAGAAUAUUUGGCAAUUGCACUGGAGUUUAUGAAUGCAUUUGAUAUUAUGGAUAUGGUACCAGAUAUUUUUUACAUACGAGGUUAUGGUAUUGGCUGGUUUGUUAUAUUUUAUACUUCUCUUGGCAUUUCUGUUAUUAUGCUUUCGUUUCCCGUAAAAAUUGAGACCGACAAUAUUUUCUGGCCUGAUUUGUUAAUUAAAUCUUCAAGCGUUGCAAAAAAUAUAUUAAAGGAAAAUAGCUGUUCCCUUUCAAACAAUCCGCAUACAAUUGUCACAUCUAAUACUGUAACAAAUGAACAAAGUACUUCAAGUAUUUCAAGGAUGCAACAAAAUUCGAUAACAAAGAAAAAAGCUUUAAAAUACCGAAACUCAAUUUUGCUCAAAGUGUUGAAAUCCUUUUUUACCAUAAUUUUUAUGGAUGGGUGUUUUGCUCUAAUUCGAUUUAAAAUAAUGAUAAACGAAAGUUCUGCAGAAAUCGGGUUCAACAUGUUUGUUAAAAAUGUCAUACUGGCCACACUACACCUGAUUUACUUUGUUAAACAUUUGCGAAAUUUAAUUAGUCUAAGCAAACAUUUGAAGCAAAUUUGUGAACAAAAUAAAUCUUAAGUAGCUAAGUAUUGUAAAUAAAAACACUUCUUGGUGUAAAACCUUUUACAAAUGCCACUGGGUUGUCAAUAAUCUAGAGCACGCAAUUUUUGACCGUUUUUGACCCAUUCUCAACCCCCCUACCCUCUUCUUACAACAUGAUAACUCUUUAGUAACAAGCCUCGUACAAGUUGUUUAAAAUCUACCCUACCCCCAAGAGCAUGAUGUAGAUUAUGAACGAUACCUUAAUAAAUUUAAAUAAAACAAA